CAAUGGGCAAGAAGCGAGUGGACCGAGGCCCGCCAUCGCGCAAGGAUCGUGGCCGCGGCAAAGGCGAUGGAGCCGCCCCAGCGCGUAGAGAGGAAGAGAGCGAAACCAGUUUUUCGUCGGCGCGCGUUCCCCCAUGACGCUGCGCAUGUGGGAUUUUCAGCAGUGUGACUCGAAGCGCUGUACGGGGCGCAAGCUCUGCCGCCUGGGUUACAUCAAGAGUAUGAAGCCUGGCGCGCACUUCCGUGGACUUGUGCUCUCUCCCGCCGGUGAGCAAAUCGUUUCUCCAGCCGAUAGGACCAUAGUGGAGGGCACGGGCAUCUCGGUGAUUGACUGCAGCUGGGCCAAGGUGCAGGAGCUUCCAUACAAACAGCUACGCUCAGGCGUGCACCGCCUGCUACCAUUCCUCGUGGCGGCCAACUCGGUGAACUAUGGACGACCGCACAAGCUAUCGUGCGCAGAAGCGAUUGCAGCCACGCUGUACAUUGUGGGGCUCAAGCAGGAAGCCACCCAGCUCAUGGACGAAUUCUCGUGGGGCGCCGAGUUCCUCAAGAUCAACGCGGACUGUCUGGAGGCCUAUUCUGCUUGCACCAACAGUACUGAAGUGGUGGAGGCUCAGGACGCGUAUCUGACCGCCUGCCAGACCGAACACAUGGAACGCUUGCAGCGUAUAAAUUUGCCUAGUCUGGAGAGUGACGACGACGACGACGAUGAUGAGGAGGGAGCUGAAGAGGAGCUGGAGCUUGACCGCUUUGGAAACAGCAUUCCGCGUGAAAAGCCGACGGCAGUGAAAACUGAGGAGGAAGCAGCCGCUGGUGAGCCUACAAUGGAGCAGCAGCUCUACAAAAGCAAGACGUAUGGGUUUCAUACUGAAGAGCCUGAUUCUGACCAAGAGAUUGCCAACUUAACCAAAAACUUGCACAUGUCCGCGGACUCGGUUAAAAAGACGCAAGAGCUGCGCGAAAAGAUGAAACACGAGCGUGCGCUUGAAGUGGAGAAGCAAACUUAUGCAUACUCGUCAAUGGAGAACGUCCGCCAGCAGCAGGUGGCGACUGUGUGCUUGGAGAGAACGGCAGUCGCUGUGUCUGGAGACGCCGUUCUGCAGCUUCCCGAGUCGGUUUUUCACCAGUGGGCGAAAGAUUCCGAGAAUCAGCAAUAA